AUGACUUUUCGAUUCGCCUGGUUUGUGUUGUUCAUUUCUAUAUGCUGUGCUCAAAAUGAUAGUCUCGAAGGAUCUGGCGAAGGAUCCGGAGAAGGGGAUCUAUUAACUCCAGAAAAUCUUUGGCAGUCAUCAUCUGUGCAACAGGAUGACGACGAUUCAAUAAAGAGAGGAUGUGGUGUGGAUUUGUUGUUUCUUCUGGAUACUUCUGGAAGCUUGGAGCAUAUCUAUACGCAACAUAUUAAUUGGACAAAUCAACUUGCCGAAGCAUUACUAACUGAUAAGGAUCAAGUACAUAUUGCCGUAAUUCAAUAUGCCGAAAUACCAAUUACCGAAUUUUCUCUUGGUGCUUAUCGAGAUCCGCGUGAUAUUACUAAUCAUAUUAUGUCAAUUAAUUUUCAUUCCGGUGGUACCAGGACAGGUAAAGCACUAUUGGCAGCAAAAACUGAAUUGCUUAGUGAAGAGAAAGGAGCCAGAACCAAUGCUAGCAAAAUUAUUGUUCUAUUUACGGAUGGGUUAUCUGUCGAUGAUCCUAUAAAACACGCUCAGCAGUUACGUGAAGUUGAAAAAGUCAAAAUUUAUGUUGUAUAUGCUGGAUCGGAUGGUUUUGAAUCUGAAAUGAACCGCAUUGCUGGUGAAAAAUCGAAUGUCUUCGGAUCGCAUGAAUUCACUCGAUUGAAAAAAAUGUUAACCGCUGAAGUGGAAAAUGCCCAAACAUGCGAAACUCAAAAGGAAUGGGAUAUACCAACAGCUACUAUAAAAACAAUGUUAAAUGCAACAGGGAUCGAAUCAUCCCGUUCUUCAAGUAAGAUCGCUACAUCAAAAUUGCUUACGGUUAGCAGAACAAGCACGUCAACUACGACAUAUCCUACAUCACAUAGAUCAUUAACGAAAGAUACACAAUUGAAACAUAAGAGCAGGAAAAUUCCAACCAAACAAAUAACUGAAUCUCAAGAUGAGGAUGAGAAGCUUUUGGAAACAGAUGCACUUGAUAAAAUCAGCGAUGAAAAUAUUAAUAAAGCACCAAUCAGUAAGGUCAAUAUUGACGAACAGUUUGUGGAAGCUAUAACCACUCCCCAACAAGCGACGCUUACUAAGGAUCACACUAAAAAUGAUGAAGAAAGUGAAAAUAGUGUGACUCUUUUUAAAUUUACCAAGAAGCUACGAAAGGGACAUCCACGAACGGAAGUGACAACAUCGUCUACAAACCAUUUAUCUACUCAAGGUCGAGAAACUUCACGACUGGCUGAUCUUCUUAGCAACAAGACGACAUCAGCAUCGCAACAUGUGACAGUGCAACGUAUUUCAACCGCAAGAAAAUCAGGAAAAACAGGACCAGCUAGAAGCAUUGAAAAAAGCCAAGGACGGUGUCCACGAGAAAUUUUGUUUAUCGUUGAUAGUUCUGGAUCAGUGCAAAGGAUAUACGAUCAACAAAAAGAAUAUCUUUUGUCACUGCUCAAUGAAUUACAAAUUGGUGAAGGAGAUCAACGGGUCGCUUUGAUUCAAUUCGCUGGUAGUUCACAUCAAAGAGUUGAGUGGACAUUUGAUACAUACAAAGAUAUCAACGAUAUUGCGGAAGCGCUAACUCAAGUUCGACAUUUCACCGGGACAACAUAUAUCGGACGUGCACUGGAAAAUUCAAUCGGUGUUUUGGAAACUCGCAGACAAGGAAUACCAACAACUGUGAUACUUGUAAGCGAUGGUUUCUCGCAAGAUGAUGCCAGUAAGCCAGCAGAAGAAAUUCGCCGAAUGCCGAAUGUUGAUUUCUAUGCUGUCAGCAUGUCAGAACUUAAUAAUUUCGAAUACCUUACGAAACUGACGGAUGACCCAUCAAAGGUAUAUGUUGGACCACAAAGUGAGGAUCUAAAACAGAAUUUGCUGAAUUUAAUCCACUGCAAAACAUGA